GAUCAAAGAGGCAAUAAACAUCGAUACCAUAACGACCAGCGACGCUCGUGAGGAAUCUUCGACACCUCUCCCCGUGGACGUGCUGUGACGCCCUGACGGCAACAUGCCGCGGAUCCAUCUCGUGUCAUCUGCGCCGGCGUCCGAGAAGGCAGUGCACGACAUCCUCGUCUCAUCCCCUGUGGUUGGGGUCAGUUGCAAGGGGGCCAAUGCAGGAGGUAAAGGUACCAUUUAUCUGAUUGUCGUAGCAACGCUACAGGGUGACGUGUACGCUUUCGACGUGAGACGAGACAGGAACAUCAUCCUCGACGGUGGUCUGAUCAGACUGUUCCAGAGUACUGAAGUCACCAAGGUCAUACACGACUGCGCUGCCGAUGCAGCGGCCCUCCAUCGUGGAUUCGGUGUCGCACUGAGGAACGUCUUCGACACGCAGGUGGCGCAUCGAGUACUAAUGGAGGAGUACGGACUUCCGCCUCGGAUGAUCAGCAAAAACGCCUUGUUUGCAAAAUACGACAUCGUUGGGUAUACUCCCUCAGCACCACUGGAGCGUCUACUGCGAGAGGACCAGCACGUUUGGGCGCGGCGACCUCUAAACAAGGACAUGCUCAACACCGCCGCGGCCGACGUCGUCCCCCUCGUGACCGUCCUGUACGACAGACUCAAGAGCGUUCUGAAACCCCAGACUGCUGACUGGUUCGAGUGUCUCUGCAACAACCAUCGGCGCAGUCAACUUGGAAGCAAGAAAAAGAAGACGACAGUAAAGGGAGAUAAUCAAGCCCGACGAUCUGUCAAUGAGUCAUUCGAAAUGAGUGUCGUCAAAUAUAAAGAACCCAAAGAUGACUAGUCAGUAUCAAAUGACAGUGAGACCUCGUUUGUCCCGACAAUGUUUGUCCUUAUACCCUGCUACGCCGAAGAACAUGUCAAUGACGUCAACAUAAAUAUACAUGGGUGACACUCCACUGUUUCUUUAAUCCACACAUUUGUUCAUUUAGGAGAUUUCAUCUUAUCAAUACCGUCUGGAUAAACGGGGCUUCGCUGUAUGCAGAUGUAAUUUGUAUUUUGAUGCUACAAGUGUGUUUAGAUUCUCCAAAUAAUAACAAAGAUUGACAUGUAUAUGGACGCCUUCUGCUAGAAUCUCUGCUUUAAAUGUACAGAAUUCACAUUUCUCACCGGAACGAUUUUAUAUUAAGCUGGGAUUGUAAUCUAUUUGCGAAUGCGCCUCUCUAACGGUUUAAAGCAGAAGCCCAGUCUCGCCGUUUGGUUCAGCCUGGUUCCCUGGGUCUGUGUCGGAGCGUUAGCGCAGGCGCAACAGACCAAGGGAUCCAGGCUGCGUUUGGUUCUCUUCCUGACAUAUGUGAUUGAAUAAUAUGUGAGUUCAGUUCUCAUGCAAAUUGUAUGCAUGAUGGUCCCUUACCGGUAGUGUAGGACAUGUUUGCCCCUUUGGCGCGAACACCUGGUGUCAUCAGAGAUUUACAGUAACCCAUUCCUGUAAUUCUCAUGGCUGUUUUCCCUUUAAUGCCCAAUGAGUCCUAUUUCAGUCAUUAUUUGGCGUUGAGAUUUUAUAUUGAAUGUUACAAAGGCUUAACAUGAUUCUGCUUAUUGACACUACUAUUGUCUAUUGUUACCUUAAUUAGAAGUCAUGUCGAUACAGUGUUGUAUGUUUUUAUCUGUGAUAUAUGGUUACACUUCAGCAAUAACAGGAAUGCCUUAUACAGGGAUGAACAGAAUUGUAAGAUGUACUUGACGUAUAUUUGAGUAAUUACUGUUUCCUAUUACUGUACAAGACAAAUGUCAUUUUAGCCACAUUCUGGCUUGGUAUUUGUAAGAUUUCGGUGGAGGAAUGUUGUGUGAAUAUUCGAUAUUUGUAAGAACCAUUUGUUUUUUUGUCAGUCUUCUACCUUUCUAUUAUAUAUAUAGUUUUAAGGUGACGGUUAUGCAGUAUUUGGUCGUCUCAGUAUUGCGGGAAUGCUGCGAGAUAUGUUACAGUUUGAUAACCAUGUCCUUUAUUGUAGGCGUUUGUCUCAUUCUGGUGCUGAUGUUACCUCUUAAGUUAUCGGUUUUCAGAUUUCCCGAAGCAAUUGUGUCUUUCAUGUUUAGCACUUUCAGUAUUUCUGACGAAUGGAAGAUGAAUCUGUGCAUUCAUUUGCCACUAGCAUCGUACACCGAUAUUUAAUGUGAUUUGAGUGAUCGGGCUGUAUUCACGGAGCAAAGUGUUUAGAUGAAAUGGACAUGAAUUUCCUCCAAAAACAUCUUCCAAGGGAGAUCGUUUAUGUUUGCGUGUGCGUGUGCGUCCGAGCGUGUUUGUGGACGAGAGUGGAAUCUUGAUGAUGAUGAUGAAGGGGGAGAGAUCGUGCAAGCUACUUGUCCGGUUAAGAACAUGUGGCUGUGAUGUGAUGGUCUUCAACAUUCAACCUGUGAAAACAGGAAGACUUACUCUUUUACCAUAAGUCUAAACAAUUGAUCUCACUCACUCACUCAGUCAGUCAGUCAGUCUUACAACUGUGUCUCGUCUUGUAGUUUUAUGAAUGUUCAUAAGCCAUCCAGCAAUAAUGCUUGUACUGAGGUGUCGACUAGAAUACUAGUAGUGUACUUGAACGUAUAUUAUUCUCAACAUGUUGAUUACAGCACUGUUACCUUACAGUAUUAUGACUGCCUUUACAAUUUACCAUGACUUUUGAAAGAUGACAUUGAUGCAUUGGACCAAUUAAAAGUAGUUUUUGUAUA